GGGAUUAGAGGCAGUUUUUUCCUUAGGAAAUAUUUACUUGUUAUUGUGGGCAUCCCUGGGUGUAUGACGUGUGGGAGCAUGAAUGGACAAGCUAUGGUGCCUGUUAGGUGAGAGGAUGUCUUCUGCAGCCGGCUCCUUCCAAACCUGUUGAGCAUGCUCGCGAGGCGAGGGCUUCGACCUGACCAUGGCGAGCCCUCCCUUCCCCUCUCACGCCUACUCUGAGGUGCUGGAGGCAAACCUUUUCAAUCCGGGCCCACAGCCCCGCGGUGUGGAGAGACCUUCCUUCCCGUGCCCAAUGGCGUCCAGAGUCGGCGGCCUUCCGGAAGUCCUCUGCUGGGCGACAGGCCCGGAGCGGCCUCACCAGUCGAGCGAAGGCGGGAAGCGGUGGAGGACCAGCAGGCACCGCGCGGACCUCCCCGCAGCCGCCAUCUUGGGGCCUGCGGCCGCCAUGGGGUCAUGGGCGCUGAGCGCCGCACUGCUGUGUUUGGGCGGAGCCCUUGCGUACGGCAAGCUGCACUCGCUGACCCUCAGGGAGGGCUCCAGCCCGGCGCAGGGACAGGCUGCCAUGCCAGGGCCGCCGGAAGAGGAGCAGCCGGUCACGAAGGGCUGUGGAAUAGCACCACUCAGAGGUGCACUGGAAGGGUCUCGGAUUAUAGGAGGUAUGCAAGCCAACGCUGGAGCCUGGCCAUGGCAAGUUAGCCUGCAGGUUCAAGAUGGCAAUUUUCUUGUGCACGUAUGUGGUGGUGCCCUAGUGAGAGACAGGUGGGUCCUCACAGCUGCUCACUGCACUAAAGAGGCUAGCGAUCCUCUCAAGUGGAGGGCGGUGAUCGGGACCACCGACCUCACCCGGAGCCACUCCCACAGCAGGAGUGUACGCGUGUCAGACAUCGUCAUCCAGCCAGAUUUCAUUCUGGAAACGUUCGUAAAUGAUAUCGCACUGUUCCAUUUAAAGAAGGCCGUGAGGACUGUGCUGCAGAACAGAGGCUAUGGAGGCCAAAGGCUGAGUCCAUGGAAACUGCAUACAUGUGUAAUCCCAGAGUGGGCCAAGACAAUCAGGAGAUCAGGAGCUCCAGGCAACGGCACAACCAUUUUACAAGAGGCGAAAGUCCACUUCAUCUCUCGAGAGAUCUGUAACUCUGACAGAAGCUACGGAGGAGUGAUUCCUAACACUUCCUUCUGUGCAGGUCAUGAAAAUGGGACCUUUGACACGUGCAGGGGUGACAGCGGUGGACCCCUAAUGUGCUACCUAACAGAACACAAAAGAUACUUUGUGAUGGGAGUUACCAGUUACGGACACGGCUGCGGACGGAGGCAUUUUCCCGGUGUCUACAGCAGCCCGUCCUUCUUCCAGCAGUGGCUGACGGCUUACCUGUCCCAGGGAAACACCAAGCACCUGUUUGACAUGGACAUGAUGCUUGGCCAGGUCCUCAUGGCCCUAGGUUCCAUCAUCCUUCUGGGGGCAACAUAAGGAGCCUCCGCAGGCUGGGGCGUCACGGGCGUCACUCUGCCCCUGCUGCGUCUACACGGCUCCCUUUAGCGCUUCCACACCAACAUUGGCUUGUUUUCAUUUUUGUGUUUUUGAAUGAAAAAGAUUGUGACAGAUACAUAGUUGUGAAUUCUGGCUCCAAAUCACAUACUUCAUUAGAACCUGAUUCACAAUUCUGUAUUUGGAAUACUUUCCUAGGGUUUGUAUAAAAUAUUCAGUUCACUAUGUAUGUACUUUAUGUGUAUAAAGGCCAAUAAACAGUUUAUAAUUUAACUGAAAA